ACCCUCUUCAAAACCCCUUCAGUCCCCUCCGCUCGCGCUCAGAGAGGACAAAACUAUGUCGUAUAUACCUUCUUAUUUCCUAGUUAAUUUUUGAGCGACUUCAGCAAUUUCCGGAACAAUAAACUUUUGCAGUAAAAUAGAUUCGACUAAUCUUUUAUCUGCACUAUUAAUUCCUUUUUUUUAUUUUGCUUGCAAUAGAAUUUUCUUUUUCAUACUUUUCCAAGUAAAUGGCAACGAGGGUUGUUCUCAGAUUGAUCAAAGAAGCUGUUUCCAGCAAUGGUAGAAGCAAGCCAAACUUUGAUUUUGCUAAGCGACGUCGUUUCUGCACCUCCACUCCUCCUCCACCUCCACCACCACCGCCGGCUCGUAAAAUCCCUUAUUCUUCCAAAAAAGGGAGAUUAUUUACUGGAGCUACUAUUGCUCUACUUAUUGGUGGAGGUGCCUAUGCGAGUACAGUGGACGAAGCUACUUUCUGUGGCUGGCUUUUCUCUGCAACAAAACUUGUAAAUCCAUUUUUUGCCUUCCUGGACCCAGAGGUUGCCCACAGACUAGCUGUCUCGGCCGCGGCUCGUGGAUGGGUUCCAAGGGAGAAAAGGCCAGAUCCAUCCAUAUUGGGCCAAGAAGUGUGGGGGAAGCGAUUCUCCAAUCCUAUUGGUCUCUCUGCUGGUUUUGACAAGAAUGCUGAGGCUGUUGAAGGUUUACUUGGACUUGGUUUUGGUUUUGUGGAGGUUGGCUCUGUAACUCCUGUUCCCCAGGAAGGCAAUCCUAAGCCUCGUAUAUUCAGAUUGCCUAAGGAAGGUGCAAUUAUUAAUAGGUGUGGCUUUAAUAGCGAGGGAAUUGUUGCUGUUGCGAAGAGAUUGGGAGCUCAGCAUGGGAAGAGGAAAUUGGAAACAUCAAACACUUCAUCUUCUACUGAAGAUGAUGUAAACCAUGGAGGCAAAGCUGGUCCUGGAAUUCUUGGGGUCAACAUUGGAAAGAAUAAGACCAGUGAAGAUGCUGCGGCAGAUUACGUUCAAGGUGUCCAUACAUUGUCCCAGUAUGCUGAUUACUUGGUGAUUAAUAUAUCAUCCCCAAACACUCCUGGACUCCGCCAACUGCAGGGAAGGAAACAGUUGAAGGACCUUGUUAAGAAGGUUCAAGCUGCUCGUGAUGAAAUGCAAUGGGGUGAGGAAGGGCCACCCCCAUUGCUAGUGAAAAUUGCACCAGAUCUUUCCAGACAAGAUCUAGAAGAUAUUGCAGCGGUUGCUCUUGCUCUCCGCUUGGAUGGAUUGAUUAUAUCAAAUACAACAGUUCAAAGACCUGAUCCUGUGAAUAAGAACCCUGUGGCACAAGAAUCCGGUGGCUUGAGCGGGAAACCACUCUUUAACUUAUCCACUAAUAUCCUGAAGGAGAUGUAUAUUCUAACAAAGGGGAAGAUUCCUUUAAUUGGCUGUGGAGGGAUUGGCAGUGGUGAGGAUGCAUAUGAGAAAAUUCGAGCAGGCGCAUCUCUUGUUCAGCUUUAUACAGCUUUUGCAUAUGGUGGACCUGCACUUAUACCUCAAAUGAAGGCUGAACUUGCUCAAUGCUUGGAAAGAGAUGGUUACAAUUCUAUCUAUGAGGCUGUUGGCGCAGAUUGUAGAUAGUUUUCUUGUAACUUACCCAGUUACACAUGCCACAGAGAGUCAAGCUACCUCUUCCUGGAAGACCCUUGGUGCUUUUUAAUUCAAGGGGAGGAUAUUUGACAGCACGGUCAUCCUGAUUCGUAUAGAAGAGACCUUUAGCAGUGGCUAGAAUUUUGCUGCUGAGCGAGACAUCAAGAAGGCAUUUUCAUUUGUCAGAAUUCUUAUUAUACCGAUAAAACAGGAAAUCUUUCUUACAAACCAAAGUGAUUGCCAGCAUUGCUUUGACAAUUUUGAUUAGGUUCUAGUUACGUUUUCAAUGCUAAAGCAUUUUUUUUCCCACAGAUAGGGGCUGUUAGGCUUGUGUCGGGGGUUUUGAGUGUUUAUUUUUACUUUUAUUAUUAUUUUGGGACCUCUCCUUGGCAGCUGCUGUAAACCUUUAUUUAUUUUUAUUUUUAUUUUUUUUGGCUAUUUUGUAUUCUGGAAGAGAAUAAAAUGUUGUUCACCUUAUCUCAUUAAAAGUAAAUGGAUGAAAUCCUGUCUUUGAAGCUUCUUUUCUA